AUGUUAUUUGAAACAAAAGGAUUCCUUUGUUUAGUAACUUUGUUUUGUUAAUGUUUCUGCUCUCAAUUUAAUGAAAACGUAUUAAUUAGUAGCUCUUAUCCUAUGGAAAUGAGUGAGAUUAAAAUAUCAUAUCCAACUCAGCUGGAAUUUUGGAGUUUCUAUGUAGCAAAUUGGAAAACAACAUCUUACCCUUGGAUUGAAUAAUAGCCAGAUCCAAACAAAUAAAAAUAUUUGCUAUUAUUUUUGAUAAAAACAGCAGAAGAUCAAAAAGUAUUUGCAUUUAUGUUUUCAAAUCCAGUUACGACCAUUGACUACAUAACUCAUACCAUGUAUGUUGAUGGUAAAACAGUUGACCUAUAUUUCAAUCCUAGUUAAUAUGAAGGAGUUUGGAUAUUAAAUACAAUAAGUUUUUACAAAAAUUUAUUGUACUACGAUUCUUUUGGACCAUAUUAUAAUGAUUAUUAUUACUUUUCCUUCAAAUAAUUUUUAAAAAACAUACAAUUUUAUGUUGGAGGAUCAGGAAUAGUAAAUUUAUAUAUCAUAGUUUUUAGAUUCUUAACAAAUAUGAAUUAUCAAUAUUUAAAGGAAGGUUAUCGAAACUAUUUUUUUAUUAUUAUGAGAGAGAAAUAUCUGCAUUAUAUUGGGAAAGAAUAAAUGUAAUAAGACAAAAUGAGCAUUAAGAAAGAAUAAGCUUAAUUCCAGAUUUAGUUAACUUUGAUGGAGUAAUAUAAAAAGAGUUUGAAUUUGAUUAAUUUGGUAGAAAAUUUUGUCUUUUUGGUUGGGCUAAAUAUUAUACUCUUGAUGCUUAUUUAUUAAAAAAGUAUUUAUUAGUUAGAUUAACAAUUUUUAAAAAUUAUUUAGAUGAAAUAAAUAUUGGUGAUGAAAUACUUAAAGUUACAGUAGAUAUCAAUUUAUCAAACAAAGAAUAAUGUGGAUAUGAUGUAAUAUCUCAUCAUACUUUUUAUCCAUAUCCAGAUAGAAUAUUUAGUAAAGCAACUAAUUUUAAGGUUAGUUUAAGAAAUGAUUUGCCUUAUUUUGAAUUAUUAUCAAAAUGGCAUUUUAUUUCAUUUGAAUAUGGACUAGAUAAGAGAAAAGAUAGAAAAACAUAAUUUAGAAUAAACUAUUUUGACAAUCAAAUUUUAAAAUCUCAUGUGUAUGAGCUUGGAGAUUAGAAAUACAAUACUUUGUUUACAAAUACAAAAUACUAUGCUUUUUUUGGAGGUGAUUAUACAGUUUACGAUAAGAUGAAAGGAUAAUUGGUUCAUUUUUAUUUUGUAUCGAAUUUAUAAACUGAUUUAAAUAUCAAAUAUUGUAAAAAUUAAUUAAUAUCUUUAGAUUGUCACUAUAGUUGUUUAACUUGUGAUGGUCCAUUAAUUUCAAAUUGCUUAUCUUGUCAUGAUAACAAUGAAAGAGUAUUUUUAGAAGAUUUUCAUUAAUGUGUUUGUCCUAUUGGUUAAUUUGAAAAAGAAUAAUAAUGUUAAUCAUAUUCAGAUUUAUAUCCAUAAUUGAACUAGAACGAAAUUAAAGUGGAAUUAUCAAAAUCUUAAUGUCUAUUUGGAUAUUUUUAUCUGCCAGCAAAUUAAUAAUGCAUAAAAUGGUAAUAAUUUGAAUUAUAGUAGUCCUUAAUGGAAUUCCUAUGAUUUAUUUUGUGCAGAUUGUAUAUUAAAUCCUAGUAGUUGGUAUAUAAAACCUAUUUGUACAAUUGAUUACAUCACAUAAUAAACAAGUUUAGAUUAAGAUGCUUAUACAUAAUAAAUAAGAUCUACAAUAGACUAUGAUCUUUAUUAUAUUGAUAAUAAUUACUAAUUGAUAUUAUUAGAGGGGGUGUAUAAUUUUUGUGACAUUACAAAAAUUAACAUAGAAACUUGUUAAGAGUUUGGAAUCUAGCAUUUGUAAAACUCAAUAUUUGGUUUUUGUAAAUAAAAUAGAUAUUAUACUAAUUUUAAUUGUGUUUUAUUAGAUUAAGCAUGUACAAAGGUAAAUAUAAAUGAAAAAAAAUGUCUUUAAUGUUUAACUGGAUAUUAUAUAUCAGAUGAUGGUACUUCUUGUUUAGAAUGUUCGCAUUCAUGUAAAAAUUGUUUUAGUCUAAACAAAUGUUUAUCCUGUGAACCUGGUUAUGGUCUAAAGAAAGAUGAAUGUUAAAAAUGUGGUAAUUUCUGCAAAGCUUGCAAAUUUUCAGAACGAUUCAAAAUAAUGUAGUGUUUAAUGUGUUCCGACAAUUAAUUAUAUUUUUUAUCAUUAAAUGCUUAAGAUUGUAAAAUAAACGAAAAACAAAAUUGUAUUUAUGCUUAUGAAAUUGGUGUAUAAGAUAAAAUUACAAACUCACUAGAUCAUGAUUUUUAACCUUAUUAGGGGGAAACAAUAAUGAAAUGUGCAAAAUGCAAAAAAGGCUAUUAUUUUCAUGAUUCUUAUUUAAACUGUUUACAUGGUUAUAUCGACAAUUGCGAAGAAUUUUAUGAAUCAAGAAUAGAUAAUUAUCUCCUAGCCCAAAUUUGCUUAUUUGGAUCUUAUAAUCCAAAUUUAAUAGUUUAUUCAUUCAUUGACCAAUGUUCAAAAUUUAAAUUAAAUUUUGUAUAUUGUUUAGUUUAAUAAAUAACAGCUGCAUAUGAUGUAAAUUAAUAGCUAUUUAUCAAAAAAGCAUCUCAUAUUUGUCUUGUUUGUGAUAAUGGCUAUUAUGCUGUAAAAAAAACAGGAUAAUGCCAAUCUUGUCCUUUAGAAUUGCAUUGUUUGAGUUGUUUUUAAUAAAAUAAAUUUACAAAAGAUAAUUGGAAAAACGAUAUUCGUUCUUUUUAUAGUAUCAUUAUAAAUAGAUAUGAUGUUGAUCAUAAAUUUAUAGAUUAUGGUCUAAGUUAAAAUGAUUUAGAUUAUGAGAUAAUUUGUUCUGCUUGUUUACCAGGAUAUGAACUUAAUGGAGAAUAAUGCAUUGAAAUCUGUCCUGAAAAAUGCUUAGAAUGUGUAUUACUGAAUAAUAAAAAUGUUUGCGUUAAAUGUCAAUAAGGCUUAAAUGGAAGAAAUCGUGGUUUAGUAAAUAAUAAAUGUAUUAAUUGCCCAUUUAAUUGUGAAUUCUGCAAAGAAAGAGAUUAAGAGGAAAUACUUUCAAUCAACCCCAUGUUUUAGAAUUAAGAUUUCUUGUAUUUCUCUAAUUAUUGUAUAAUUGGAUUUAGUGGAAUCCAAGAUUAACAAUUAGGAUUAUAUGUAGAAUGUUAAGAUGGUCCCUGUAUAAAAUAAAUAAUUUUUAAUUUAAAUUUAAUUUGUAAUGCUGAUGAAUAUUAUGACUAAAUUGCACAAUUUUAAAAAGAAGAGGACAAGAUUAAAUUUUAACAAGAUAAUAUUUUAAGUGAUCAUUUGUUUUCUACUUAAAAUUUUGCUUAAGUAAUAAUUCAUUUAAAUAUUAUAGUUUGAGAAGAAAGAGUUUUAUCAAAUGACUAAUGAAUAAUAAAUUAAAUAAAUUAUUAUAAGAAUUACAAGCUAAAAAUAAUAAAUUUGUUUGGUUAAUGAUUAAUUACAAAUUUCGUAAAACUUUAGUGCAAAUAUUUUCUCUGCUAUGUAAUUAUUAAUUUUAUUUUUAUUAGAGAUGUUGAACUUGAAAUUUAAGGAAAUAAUAUUACAACUUUCAAAUUUUAAAAAUAACUAUUUUUUAUUAAUUUUAAAAGAGUCCGCAUUGAAGGAAUAUAAUUUGAGAUUUAAUAUUUUGUAUUUGGUCCAAAUUUACUAAAAUUUACUAGUCUUUUUAAUUAAACUGUUGAAAUAGUUGAUGUAAUAUAUUAGCAAGACUAUAAUUUAACCACUUUCUAUAUCAUUAUAGAAAAUUCUGAAAAUGUUUUAAUUCAAAACUUUUUUGUGAAAAAUUGUACAAGACAGUUUUAAAUUCAAGCCUUGAUAAAGAUUGAAUAAAUAAAAUCUUUUUAGACGAUAAAAAUUUAGAACUUUAAAAUUAUGCAUAGUUCAUUUUUCAAUACCAAUGUAUUUUAUUUUGAUCUUAAAGAAAAUGAUGUUGUUGAAAUAAAGGAGUUAAAUAUUGAACAAUCUGUUUUUAAUUAAUCAUUAAUACUUUAAUCUAAAGGUUCAUUAAAAAUGAAGUAAAUUCAUAUUUUUUCUUGUUUGAUAUAUUCAUAAAUGGGACUCUUAACAAUCAAUAAUUUGAAACAUUUUGAAUUAAUAUCAUUUGAUUUUAAAUUAAAUUCAAUUUAUUCUGGAAAAAUUAUAAACCUUAAUCCCAAUUCAAUUUUGUCCGAUUUAAACUUUGAACAAAAUAAACUUUAUAAUAAUUCCUUGCUAAUAUAUAAUGCCAUCACAGAUAUUGAAUAUAUUUAUAUGGAGAAAAUAUUAUUUUCAUUAAACUAACAUAGUGAUAAUACUAAGUUCAUUAAAAUAAAUUCAACCAUAUUACCAAAAAAAGAAAUAAUUAUGAAUUAAAUAUAGCUGCUUAAAAAUGAAUUAGUAAAUAUACCCAAUUUAGCUAACAUUGAAUUUAUAGAUGCUGCAUUGAUUUAUUUAGAAAUAUCAUUUCUACAAAUUCAAGAUUUAAUCAUCUAAAAAGCCUAUGGAAUACCUGAUUUAUUUGUUGUAAAUGCAAAUGAAUUAAAAUUAAGCUAAAUAAUAAUAAAAUAGCUCGAUAAUUAACCAUUAAAAGGGCUUUUCCAAGAUUACGAUUGUUUAUCUAAAUAAAAUAAUAAUUAAAAUGAUUAUAUUUGGAUAUAAAUUUUAAAUGUACCGAAUAUAGACAUUUAAUAAAUAUCAAUUUCAAAAGCUUAUACCAAAAACUAGCCUUUUAUUUAAAUCAAAUCAUCCAUUUUAAAAACUUAAAUUAAAAAAAUUUUUAUGUCAGAAAUGUAUUUUAAUGGUAAUCUACUUUUGACAACCAAUAAAUUUAAUACCGUUUCACUUAUAUAAAUAUCAUCAGAAGAAGAUUAUAAAAUUGAAAUUAAGAAUUCUAUAUUUGAAAGAAAUAUAAUGCAUUAGUAUAUAAGCAUAGAUUAAAUCAAUUCUGGAUUAGUUUUUUUUUUUGAUUGCACAUCUUGUACAUUACUCCUUAAUAAUUUAUAAGUUUUAGAAAAUAUUGUUACAAACUCUUCAAACAGCAUUAUAUUUAUCUAAUCUAAGAGUAUAAUAAUAGAAAAUAGCACUUUUAUUAAAAACAGCCUAUUUGAUUAUUAAAUUUUGUAACCCUAUUUAUAUUGGGGUUUUUUAGAAGAUCAGGAAAUAUUUAUUGAAUAAAUAUAAGAGACUUUUCCAAUAAUAGUGAAAACAGGAAAUGGAAAAAUUAUAUGCUAAUAUAUAGUGAUAUAGAAUAUAAUUAUUUCAAAUUCCUCAAGAUCAGGAUUUGAAAUACAUCUUGAAAAAGAGGCUUCAAUGUAUGUUAAGGACACGGUAAUUAAUUCAAUUAUCGACUUGUUUAUGAAUGAAAAUGAAAAUGGUGGGGCUUUUUUGAUUGAUUCUUCGACUUCUGUAACCUCGGAUAUAUAAUUUAAAAAUAUAUCAGCAAAUAAUAUUUAUUGUAGAAAUAAAGGUGGAUUAAUUUAUAUUUAAAAUAUAUAAGAAAGCACUACAAUUCAAUUAAAUGAUAUAUUUAUAAAUGAUGUUUAUUCCUUAAAGGGAUCAAUUUUUUAUGUUGAAUUUUCACUCUAUGGAAAAUCGCACUAAUAAUUUAAACUUGAAAAUUUAUACAUAAGAAAUAAUUAGUAAGGCUAUUUAAGAUUUAUGAAUAAAUUUAAUUAAUUAAAUCAAAAAUAAUUAUUAGAAUUGAAACUUGGGAGAAGUUUAUUUGAAAUUUCUUAUGCUAAGAUAGUAAGCAUCAAGAAUUUGUAGAUUUUAUAAUUAUUCCAAGAAUCUUUAGGUAUUUUAAAUUAGAUAUCUUCUGCUGAAAUUUAAAAUUGCAAUAUUAUAAACUCAACUACUUUAAAUUCCUUAAUACGUUUUUAAUAAAUGCAAAAUAAUUCUACUAUUAGGAUUGUGAAUUUUUAAGGAUCUAAUAUAGAAAUAUUAGACCAAAUACCAAUUAAAGAAAAAUGUAAUUAGAUGGAGAUAAAUAUUUAGUUUGAAAAAUAAAUUUGCUAAAAGGAAAUGAACCUUUAUGCUUCCCCAAUCUCAUUAUAAUAUAAAUAAAUGCAAGAUAGUUUAUCUAAUAGUUAUUGUAUUAUUAAUUAAAUAAAUUUGCAAUAAAGCUAACCAAUAUCUGGCCUCAUAGAUAUCAAUCCAUAAGCAACAUAGAUAUUUAUAUCUGAUUUAUUUUUUUUUAACAUAUACUGCAAAAUUUGUUAAAAAGGGCUGCUUAAUGUUAAUAUAUAAGAGGAUUAGACUAUCAUUAUCAUGAACAAUAUUUUCUUUGAAAAUAAUUAAUGUGGUCAAUUAAGUUGCUUAAAUAUAAUAAAAGAUAUAAAAAAAUUUAGAAUCUUAUAAACUUUAUUUCUCUCAAUACAUCAAAAAAAAUAUGAUUUUUAAUUACAAAACUUUAGAUGUAUUAGCAAUUUUGCUUAUAAAGGUACUUGCCUUUACAUUUAAAAUAUUACCACUUUGAUUAAAAAUUCUAUUUUUGAAAAUAAUACCGCAGAAUCCUAGGGUGGAUCAAUAUAUGUAUUAGGGUUUGAUAGCUUUUAUAUAUUGAACUCUCUGGUUUAAUAUAAUAAAGCUCAAUCUGGAGGUGGUUUAUACUUUUAAGAUUAGAUAAGUUAAAAUUUAAUUAAAUAAGGUUCGAUAAUCGAGGAAAAUAUCGCAACUGUUUUUGGGAAUAAUUUUGCAUAACUUCCUUCGUAAUUAAAAGUUACUUUAGAUUUAUAAAACUUUUUGCCUAAAAUAAAAAUCUUAGAAAGAGAAGAUAUUUUAAUAGAGGAAAUUCAGAUUUAACAAAAUUAAAUAUUCUAAAAUGCUACUUCUAAUAUAUUGUAUGUUCCUAAUGGAUAGCCUAUUUUAAAAUAUCAAUAUUUUGAUUAAUAAAAAAAAGAAUAUAUUGCAUAUAAUCUACAUUUAAGAUUGUCUGCAUUAGAUUAAUUUAAUAAUAUUCAAGAAAAUCUUAAUGAUACUAAAUGUUAAAUAAAUGGUAGGAUACUAAAUGAAAAUGAAGAUUUAGAUUUUACAUAAAACUUUACUAGUUUAAGUUCUGUUUUAUUCGAUUAAUCUGAGUAUAAUUUCGAUAAUAUAAUCUUUUACUUAGAUGAUUAAUAAAACCUCACUUUAUAAUUAUAAUUUAAUUGUAAUUCAAUAUUCAUCCCUAUCUAUGGUAAAAAUUAAGAAAUAACGGGAUAUCACAAUAAUUAUUUUAUAAGAAUGAAUAUUAAAUCAUUACCUUGCUAAAUAGGAGAAAUAAAAAGUCUUUAUGAUGGUACUUGUUAACCUUGUAAUGCAUCACAAGGAUUGUAUUCAUUGGUUCUUAAUUCUAAUAACUGUUCUUAGAAAGAUGAUUUCUCAACUAUUGAAAUUAAAUCAGCAUAAUUAAAACUAAAGCCAGGUUUUUGGAGACCCUAUUUUGAUACUGAUUAGAUCAGUUAAUGUAUCAAUUUACUAUCUAAUUGUAAUGGUGGAUGGAUAGAAGGAGAUAUAUCCUGUUUUUAUGGACAUGUUGGAGCCUUAUGUGAAGAAUGUGAUAUUUAUAAUUUAAGGGGAUAAGGACAUUUUUCCACAAGUUCUAAAUAUUCUUGUGGAUCUUGUGUUGAUAAUAAUUAAAAUAUUGUUGCUAUAACUGCUAUCAGCAUAUGGUAAAUAAUUAUAAUUAUUUAUUUAGGACAUUAAUUUCGAUAUUGAUUUCUGUGAAAAGUAACAUUAAAUUAAAUGAAUAAAUGAUUCUUAAAAAAAUUAUCUCAAGAAUUUUUCUGACAAAGAUUCAAUAUCAUUCAAAUUUUGGUAUUUUAAUAAAACUUACUACUCACCAUUUGCAAAUUGUCUCUGUUAUUUUUACAUUCAAAUUUUAAACACCAGUUGAUGUUGAUAAUUUUUUUAAUUCUGUUAGUAAUCCAAUAUAAACAAUAACACAUUCACUUGAUUGUUUUUUAUUGGAGGUUUUUGUUAUUCCAAUACAUUAUUCAAGGAUUAUUUGGUAAUUAUUCAUGCCUUUCAUUUAUAUUAUGUUGUUUUUAGGUUUAUAUUGGAUUGCUUUAUUUUUAGAUAGGCUUUAAUAUAAUUUAAAUGUCAUAACUACAACAUUAAUAUAUAUGUACAUAUACCUUCAACCAUAUUUAGUAGGUGGAUUAAUUUCAUUAAUAUCAUAUAGACAAAUUUCUGGUUUUUAGUGGAUUUAAGCUAAUGUUAACAAUAGAUAUGAUACGGAGAUUCAUUAAAACUGGCUCUUAAGAUUUUGCUUACCUGUUUUAAUAUUAAUUGCUAUAAUUAUACCUCUAUUUUUUUUUAUUUCUUUGUAUUCAAAUAAAUCAAAAUUACAUUUAAAAAGAACUAGACAAAAAUGGGGAUAUUUAUAUAAUGAAUAUAAAUUGGAUGCUUAUUAUUGGGAGUUAAUAAAAAUUGUCAUCAAAGAGCUUCUUAUUAUUUUUCUUUCUUAUUAUGAAGAAAAUAUUGUUAAAAAAGGAAUUCUUUUAUUAUCAUUAGUGUAUUUAUAUCAAGAACUAAGUUAAAAAUAUUAACCUUUUGUCUCAUAUAUACUUAAUAAUUUAGAUGCUUAUUCAGCCAAAGUUUGUGUAAUAUCAAUUGCAGUCGGUAUUGGAAUUUAUAUUGAUUAAUUGAAUUAAUCUUAUGAAAUAUAGAUACCUUAUUUACUUAUUCUGUUAACUUUUAAUUUACAUUAUUUUAUAAGAAUUUUAAAAGAAAUAGUAUCUUCAUAUGUGGAUGAAAAUGCUUUUUUUUUUGAUACUAUUAAAGAAUAUAUUAUUGUUAAAUUUCCUAAAGUUUAACAAUUUCAUAUAUUAAAAAAAUUGUUUUAGAAUCGAAACGAGUAAAAAAAGAGAAUUGCUCUUAGAUUUUUUAAAUUAAAAAAAUAUUUGAUUAUCUAAGCUUAAAAUAUUAUUAGAUGCAAGUAAAAUUAUGGUGUAAAAAUAAUAUCCUAGUCAACCUAACAUUAUUCUUACAUUUGA